AUGAGACAGAAAUUGCUCUUCCUAGUCCAACCAUUUCCUCCCAUUUCCGCUCGAAAGCUGACUGAGGUAGCUUAUCGAGGGCGUUUACAAGGCAGGAAAUUACCUGCCCUUGUCUACGUGACUCCCGAAAUAUCGAAGAGGGACAGGCCUCUUUCGGUCAUACUUUCAACUCUGAAUGACUCGCAGAAGCUUGCCCGAUUUGUCAUCGACGAAGCUCACUGUCUUCCGGGAUGGGGCAAGGAUUUUCGGAAAUAUCAAGACAAGCAGACAAUGAUCAUGGAAAUCAAGCAGGAUCAGAAGUCGCCUCAACUCAAAACAAGUAAACAGGCGGCCGCUAAACGUCCUGAGUCAUUACGACAAGAACAUCAGGCCAACGAGCUUGAAUCUGAGGAUGACCUCUGUGCCGAUGACCCUCUCGAAGAGGAUACCAGUCUCGUGGAGGACCCUGCCGAAAUAGUAAUAGAGCUCUCUGACCAGAAAGCGAAAACCGAUACGCAAGCCAUGCAGGAUGCUGGUUUACGCGUGGAGAACGACAUUCUGAACGAUAAAACCAUCCAGAUGCUCAGCCCUGUUUGCCCUAGUGAUUAUCAAGCCUUCUGGAGUGCUUGCAAAGGGUUCCACCACUCAAGAUACGCAAGACAAAUAUUUAUAUGUGAGAACGAAAUGGGAAUCGUUUGGCAAGCGAUUCUUGAACAUAUGACUCUCGUUGUUCAGUGCAUUCCGUAG